AAUAUCCACCCUUUCAUGCUGUUCAAUUCAUCAAUUUUACAUUAUAUUCUCAAACAACAUGAAAUAUAAUUAGUUUUGCAUCAUCAAAGGAGAUUAAAAAUGGCCAAACUUUGUGUGUUGGUGAUCAUGCUUGGAAUAACUUGGUUAUCACUUCCAAUAGUCCAAUCACAAUCAGGGAUUUGCUGGGAGAAAUAUGAUCAAUGCGUCUCAAAUAAUUUGAAUAGCACAGAGCCGCAAUUUGAUAAAUCCAGCCCUUCGUUUAAUAUCACUGAAUUUAUUUGCUGUGAUCUCCUCCGACAAAGUGCUGUAAAUGAGAAGCAAUGUUUUUGCAAUGUAAACACAUUUAUAACUGAAAAUCCCUCCUUUGCACCUAAUGUUACCCUUGUUUUAGGUGCCUGUGGCAUUGCUGAUUCUGUGGCUUCUCUCAAUGCCUUUUGCCAAGAUGUCCAAGUGCCACCACCAACAUCGACACAGCCUCCGCCAAGUGACAUUUCCUCCAUCACACCGCCUACACCGACGGGAGCUACUUCACCUCCAUCGCCGCAGACUCAUCUUCCACCUUCAGAGUCACCCGCCAAAAAAGUUAAGCUUCAAGUAAUAGUUCCUGCCAUUGUUGCUCCAUUAGCAGUGAUCACAAUGGCAUGUGUUAUAUUUGGUUUAUAUCUUUGUAAAAGGAAGCACACAACAGAACAAAAUGUUGCAAAUAAUACUCAAUAUGCUCUUCCGACUCAGCCUCCUGUUCCGCUUCCAGUAACAAUUGUUACAGAUAAUCCGAAUAAAGGUGCUAUAUAUACUGCUAUUCCAAAUUCUUUAGGCACAUUGAAGCAUAAUGCUGAUUGUUAUAUUAUUAUUCCUUAUGACUUAAGAUAUGUGAUACUGAAUGAAUUGGCUCCUUCUGCUCUGCCUCCUUUAGCUUUGGUUCCAUCACCAGGAGAUUAUAUCAUAAAAGCCGACUCCUUGCAAUAUGAUGUGGCCACUCUUCAGGCUGCUACUAACAACUUCUCUGAGGAUCAUGUAAUUGGCCGAGGUGGAUUUGGUGUUGUUUACAAGGGGAGCUUAUCAGAUGGACAAGAAAUAGCAGUCAAAAGGCUAUCAAGAACUUCUAAUCAAGGUGAUAAAGAGUUCAAGAAUGAGGUUUUAUUGUUAGCAAAACUUCAACAUAGGAAUCUGGUGAGGCUGGUUGGAUUUUGCUUAACAGAACAUGAAAAGUUACUUCUGUAUGAAUUCGUGCCUAAUAAAAGUCUGGACUACUUUCUAUUUGAUUCUCAAAAACGGGGACAAUUGAACUGGUCAGCUCGUUACAACAUAAUAAAAGGCAUUGCUCGAGGAAUGCUUUAUCUUCAUGAAGAUUCUCCUGAUCGAAUUCUUCAUCGUGAUCUGAAAGCUGCUAAUGUGUUGCUCGAUAUAGAGAUGAACCCAAAAAUUGCAGAUUUUGGCAUGGCGAGGAUCUGUGCCUUUGAUCAAACUCAUAUUGAUACAAGCAGAGUUGUUGGAACUUAUGGUUACAUGGCUGUAGAGUAUUUACUUCAUGGACAGUUCUCUAUAAAAUCAGAUGUAUACAGCUUUGGCGUGCUAGUUUUGGAGAUAGUAAGUGGCAGAAAGGUUGGUGAUGUCAUCUACCAAUCCGGAGGCAGCUUAAAGCUUUUGAGCCAUGCUUGGAGUUGUUGGUUAGACAGAGAACCUUUAAAGCUUCUUGAUUCCAUGCUGCGAAACACAUAUUCAAACCAUGAGGUCAUAAAAUGCAUACAUUUGGGUUUGUUAUGUGUGCAAGAGGAUAUUAACAAGAGGCCUACAAUGGCGACUAUAGUCCACAUGCUCAACUCUUACUCUGCAGCUGAUGGAACCCUUUCGACGCCUCAAUCCCCUGCAUUCCUGUACAGCAGCAGUUCAGACCAAUCUACGACGAGAAGAAGUAACACUGAUUCAACUCCUUGGUCUCAGAACUAACUAUGUGUCAAUCACCAAUAUGAUUGUUUUGUGUAGGGAGUGAAGUGUUGCUAGAAUGGACAAUACGUAAAUUUGCAAUUUCCUUACCUAUAUUGAUCAUCAAUCUGAUUGAUAUGUGUAAGGUAGUGAAGUGUAAUCCAAUUGGUUGUAAACAUCGUAAAGUGCAGCUCUUGGCAAAUCCCAGCAUACUCUUGGACUAACUAUAAAAUUUCCUUUAGUACUGUGAUCACAAAUUUGGUUGUAUGACAUCGCGUCUUCAAUCAUGAAUCUAUCCAAUGACUUUUUUUUGGGACUUUAUUAUACCAACUCUUAAUCG